AAAAAGUGGAAAGAAAGAAGACGAAACAUCUAGUACUCUCUCGCGAAAUCUUUCAACUUCUAGACUCGUCUCUCUCUCCUCAACAAAAACCCCACUCCACCUCCCAUCUCUCUUCAUCUCAGAACUCCAUAACUUUCUCAAAACUAAGUAUUUCACAUACUCUCUCAUAACUACCACUCUUUCUUCGAUAGUUUCUUUCUUCAAUUGCACUCAAUUCUUUCAAUUUUCUUCAACCAUUUGUUUCCAUUUCUUCAAGGAUUUUCUGAUCAACAAUGAAUCCAGAAAAGUUCACCCACAAGACAAAUGAGACAUUAGUCUCUGCUCAUGAAUUGGCAAUGACCAAUGGGCAUGUUCAGAUAACACCACUCCAUGUGGCCACCACUUUGGUUGGUGAACCUGGUGGUAUUUUUCGGCAAGCGAUAUCUCAUGCCGGUAAUGGUGAUGAGGCUGCAAAUUCUGUGGAAAGAGUAUUCAAGAGGGCUGUGAAGAAUCUUCCUUCACAGAGCCCUCCACCUGAUGAGAUCCCAGCAGGCACAACUUUGAUCAAAGCUAUUCGACGUGCUCAAUCCCUUCAAAAAGCUCGUGGGGAUACCCAUUUGGCAGUUGAUCACUUAAUUCUGGGGAUUAUUGAGGAUUCUCAAAUCAGUGAUUUGCUCAAGGAAGCUGGGGUUGCAGUGGCUAAAGUUAAGGCUGAGGUUGAGAAGCUUCGAGGGAAGGAUAAUAAGAAAGUAGAAAGUGCCACUGGAGACACCACCUUCCAAGCCCUCAAGACUUAUGGCCGUGAUUUGGUGGAGCAGGCAGGGAAACUUGAUCCUGUGAUUGGUCGUGAUGAGGAGAUUCGUAGGGUUGUAAGAAUCCUCUCAAGGAGGACAAAGAACAAUCCGGUGUUGAUUGGUGAGCCUGGUGUGGGUAAGACUGCUGUUGUUGAAGGCUUGGCUCAAAGGAUUGUGAGUGGUGACGUUCCGAGCAAUCUUUCUGAUGUUAGGCUUAUUGCAUUGGAUAUGGGUGCUCUGGUAGCAGGAGCAAAGUAUAGGGGUGAAUUUGAGGAAAGGUUGAAAGCAGUAUUGAAAGAGGUGGAAGAAGCUGAAGGAAAAGUUAUCCUCUUCAUUGACGAAAUCCACCUUGUCCUAGGUGCAGGACGGACUGAAGGUUCCAUGGAUGCUGCGAACUUGUUCAAGCCUAUGCUUGCUAGGGGCCAACUUCGUUGCAUUGGUGCAACAACCCUAGAGGAGUACAGGAAGUAUGUGGAGAAAGAUGCUGCAUUCGAACGGCGUUUCCAGCAAGUGUACGUAGCUGAGCCUAGUGUUCCUGAUACAAUUAGCAUCCUUCGAGGUCUGAAGGAAAAGUAUGAAGGCCACCAUGGUGUUAGGAUCCAAGAUCGAGCCCUAGUGGUUGCUUCACAGUUAUCUGCCAGAUAUAUUACAGGUCGUCAUCUGCCUGAUAAAGCUAUUGAUUUGGUUGAUGAGGCUUGUGCCAAUGUCAGAGUUCAGCUUGACAGCCAGCCCGAGGAGAUAGAUAAUUUGGAGAGAAAGAGAAUGCAGCUAGAGAUUGAGCUCCAUGCUCUUGAGAAGGAGAAGGACAAGGCUAGCAAGGCACGGUUUGUGGAAGUUAAUAAGGAGCUUGAUGAUUUGAGAGAUAAACUUCAACCUUUAAAGAUGAAGUACCAGAAAGAGAAGGAGAGAAUCGAUGAGAUCCGCCGUCUCAAGCAAAAACGGGAAGAGUUCCUUCUUGCUGCUCAAGAGGCUGAAAGAAGAUACGAUCUUGCUAGAGCUGCGGAUUUAAGAUAUGGAGCAAUCCAAGAAGUUGAGGCAGCUAUUGCGAGGCUUGAAGCUAAUUCUAGCGAGGUAGAAAUGUUGACUGAGACUGUUGGGCCGGAGCACAUUGCAGAGGUGGUAAGUCGAUGGACUGGUAUACCAGUCACUCGGCUUGGUGAGAAUGAGAAAGAGAAGCUAAUUGGGCUGGAAGACAGAUUGCACCAAAGAGUGGUGGGCCAAAACAGUGCAGUUGCAGCAGUUGCAGAGGCUGUACUGAGAUCCAGAGCUGGACUAGGGAGACCGCAGCAGCCAACUGGCUCUUUCUUAUUUUUGGGACCAACAGGUGUCGGGAAAACUGAACUCGCGAAGGCUCUUGCAGAACAACUUUUUGAUGAUGAGAAUCUGUUGGUGAGAAUUGAUAUGUCAGAGUAUAUGGAGCAACAUUCCGUGGCCCGGUUGAUUGGUGCUCCUCCAGGAUAUGUUGGCCAUGAAGAAGGUGGGCAACUAACUGAGGCUGUCAGAAGGCGGCCAUACAGUGUCGUGUUAUUUGAUGAAGUCGAAAAAGCGCAUGCUGCUGUUUUUAACACUCUCCUGCAAGUGCUCGAUGAUGGUAGACUGACAGAUGGCCAAGGCCGGACUGUUGACUUCAGGAAUACAGUGAUCAUUCUGACAUCUAAUCUUGGGGCUGAGCAUCUCCUCUCUGGGCUUGUAGGCAAGAGUUCAAUGGAUGCUGCUCGAGAAAAAGUGAUGGAACAGGUGAGGAGACAUUUCAAGCCUGAACUGCUAAAUCGUCUGGAUGAGAUUGUAGUCUUCGAUCCUUUAUCACAUGAGCAGCUAAUGCGAGUUGCUAGGCUGCAAAUGAAGGAUGUUGCAAAGCGUCUUGCUGAGAGGGGAAUCGCUUUGGCAGUCACAGAUGCUGCUCUGGAUUAUGUCUUAGCAGAAAGCUAUGAUCCAGUGUAUGGUGCAAGGCCUAUCAGGAGGUGGUUAGAAAAGAAGGUGGUGACUGAAAUGUCGAAAAUGCUUAUAAGAGAGGAAAUAGACGAGAACUCAACCGUCUAUAUCGAAGCUGGGAUGGAGGGACUUGUUUAUCGCGUGGAGAAAAAUGGCGGGAUGGUGAAUGCUGCUACUGGACAAAAGGCUGAUGUCCUGAUUCAGGUCCCUAAUGGACCAGGGAGUGGUAUAACUCAAGCUGCGAAGAAGAUUAAAAUUCAGGAAUUAGAUGAUGAUGAUGAGAUGGUGGACUGAAAAACUGACGGAUGAUUUUUGUUUCUUUUAGAAGCUUUUCCCCUUCUUUUCAUGGGUCUACAACUUAAAGAAGAAAGGAAAAAGAAAUAUGAGACUGCAUGUUAGGGGUUGUUAUAGUUGGUUUGGCUUCAAGUUGUAUAUAGCGUAGUUGUCUCUAGAGUUGUAAUGCCGUUUGUCACUUCUGGGUUGUGUCCAUAUAAAAGUUGUUAUGUUGGUUUUUGCA